AUGUCCAUCAAAGUUUCGGUGCCCUUAACAGUCAGCGAAAUCCUUACCUUGGACAAGUUCAUUAACCACAUUGAAGCUACUGCUUUUGGCAACCAUUACACAGAUGACGACAAUCCUCUUAUCUGCUGCCCUCCCAGCCUGGCCCAAUACAACAAAAGACAACCAUGGGAGGAAAUGCAAUUCCAGUUGCUGGAGUACAAUUCCUUGAUUGACAAAGGUAUCACCAUUGUGAAAAUGAAGGGAAGCAGAGACACAAGGACUGAGAGGUUUGCUUUCAAAUUUAACGGCACAGAAGAAGUUGGUGUUCUUAUCAAGUUUGAUGACGACGAAUACAAUCUUAUCUUUCCAGAUCAAACUGAAUAUGAGAUUAUGUCUGGUAGACGUUCUUUCUUGGAUGAUUGCUAG